AUGGCAAAUCCAAACAUCGCGUUGGUUUCCACGCCAGCAGACACUCCAUCGCCCUUCCCUGACCCAACGCCUCUGCAGAGCGACGCCGAUGCAAAGUAUGAAGGAGAGCGUGCACGUAACAACCAGUCAGCGAAACGCUCCCGCAUUCGCAAGGCUCUUUACGUUGUCGAACUUGACAAUGCCGUUACGGGAUACGAGUACAACUUCAAGCUCUUCUACAAGAUGUACAAGGAGCUUAAGCAGAAGCUGAUCGAUCAUGGUCUUGGAGGCGAUCUUCCCCGUGACCCGCCCAUCUGGGUUCGAAAGCCGAUCCCUGUAGGCCAGGACGUCGACACUCAGGAGUAUCGCAAGAAGCUUGAGACGGCGGUAGAGAGUGGCGAGCUCGUCCCACUCGGGCUCGACUUUGCUGAGUCGGUGGCCCUUCAGGUCGGCAAGACGACGGGAUCAGCACAACUGACUGAGGAAUCCAAGGCGUUACAGGACGCAAAGGAGAAGUACGAAAAGACAGUCAAACAGGAGGACAAGUACGCCGAGGAAUUGCAGGAUAUGGAGAAGAAAAUGCAGGACCUGCAACACAAGCUCUGGGAGGUCCAACAUAACCGACAAUCGCUGGGAAGUGUGGUGGACCGGUAUCAGGCAAGGAUAUCCGGACAACCGGGCGACAACAACAUGGGCCCCUCUGCUCUCCAGGGCAAUGGCGUGAAUCUGCCCUACAGGCCACUUGUGCCUGAGACUGCUCAUCUUCCCCAAAGACUUCAGAAAAUGGCCUCGCAAGGGCGGAAAGAACGUACCCUCGAGGAACUUGCAGCUUCAUGGCCUGUAAGAUCCUGUCUCGAGAGUCACCAUAUGAUGAUGGAUACGGAUCAGAACCCAUUUGAGCCUAAGAUGGAGCAGCCUGGAGAAGUCCAACUUGGUGAUCUUCCGGUGCCAAUAUUCGACGGAUAUCCCCAGCAGGGUCAGCAACACCAGGCUGAACCCGAUCAUCCACCGAUUGACAGUUUCACUCAGUGGUGUCAGGCUCACGAAAAUUCCAACUCGUUUGUUUAUUCAAAUGCUGCUGGUAUUUCGGAGGUAGUUCCCUCUGGUAACUUCAGUGAGUAUCCGUGGCCAGGCGAGGGUGUCGACUUUACUGGAGAGUCACACCAGAUGGGUGGUGAUGGUCAUUUGCCAGGAACGGUCCACGAUCCGGUGCUUCCAAAUCCUCAAUCACCUUCGCCGAGUAAUUACUUUGCCGAUCUUCAACUGAGUCCAGAAAUGGGUAAUAUGUUUAUGGCUACCGGCGAUCAGAGCUCUGGCGACCAGAACCAAGGAAACUAUCACGAACCAUACGGUCAGCAGACAGAUCAGUUCAACCAGUUUUACUGA